AACAAGUCUACGUGCCUCACCCUUCCUUUCCUGACCUAGGCAGGUUCAACUCUCACAACCAAUACAAAACCUGUCCACUACCAACGAGACCUUUUUAGGUCUAAAUCUUUAAUUCCUGUGUUUAUAGCCCCAAACGUGUGUAUUUAGGACCUGAUACGCUCGUAUUUGCCGUAUCGACAGGCGUUUGGUCUUUUUUUCGUGAAGAAACGAGCAAAAAGAAGUGUUGAAACUAUCAAAAGAUAGUGUCCAUAUUCGGAUCUUUUCCUCCGAACCGUAGGUUGUCUUUGGUACAUACAGGCAACUUGUUGAUGCUGAGACUGUUUCCUCUUUAAAUUGGGAAUUUAAUCGCGUCUCACACAUCUUUUGCAUUCAAUUGGGUGGUCCUUUGCUUUCUCCCCUUUUUGAGUUGUGUUCUCUAUAUUUUUCAUUCUCGUCUCCCUUUGUGUGUUUAUUUUUUUCUCCGUUUGGCCCUCCUCUCUACCGUUUUCUCCUUGAUUCACCUUACCCUUUUGUCAUCUUUUUUUUAGCCCACUAUAUCACCUCUUCAUUUUGUUUCCCUCGGAUUUCCUUCUUUUUGACGAUUGUUUAUAACCUUACGAUAUUUCCCUUCUCAUGUCCCUUCAACAACUAAUUUCAAACGAGCAUUCCAACAUGGCACCCUCUGCUGCACCUCAAGACAAUUCCAAAGAUAAAGUCUGUUAUCGUCAUCUAUACGAAAGGGAGUUUAUUGCCAAGGGCGAAAAAGGUCGAAUGCCGCUCAAGCCUAUUGACAUCCAAAAAGAUAUGGACGUUUUGGACGACAAAAGUCGCUCCAAGAUCGAGCACAUCUGGGACGAGUUUAAAGACUUGUCUGUGUUUGAACAGCGUGUUGUGUUACAAGGAAUAUUCAACAACAGCUGCUCGUCUUUAUUAUCGUUCGCAUCCGCUUCAUUGCAGUCUUUAGUGCGCCUGGAUUUCAUCUCCCUUCUGCCCGUUGAGAUCUCUUUCAAAAUUCUUUCCUACCUUGAUGCCAGGAGCCUGUGUAAAGCUGCGCAAGUUUGUCGUCGCUGGCGAGAGCUGGCUGAUGACGACUGUGUUUGGCACCGAAUGUGUGAGCAACACAUUAAUCGCAAGUGUGAAAAGUGCGGUUGGGGUCUUCCGCUCAUGGAACGCCGACGACUCACAGCUGCAAAGCCUGCAAUUGAGGAACGUUUCCGCCGUCUUACGGCUAAGCGUCCCCUCGAAGACGCCUCAGAGGCUCCAGCUCCCGCUAACGUUCAUCAGAAGCGUGCUCGUGUUUCCGAGGGUGCUGCUUCUGUGAACGAGGAAGCCGGUGGCGAGUUACACGUUUGCAACAAGGACUGUACUACGCUUUCCGCAUGCACUGUCAAACCGUGGAAAGAGGUGUAUGCUGAACGUUGUCGUGUGGAGUGCAAUUGGCGACACGGAAGAUACCGGCAGUUGCUUUUGGAAGGACACAGCGACGGUAUCAUGGCAUUACAGCUACGCGGUCAUUUGCUUGCCAGUGGCAGCUAUGACACGACUAUCCGUCUGUGGGACAUGAAUACAAUGAAGCCGAUCCGUCUACUUGAAGGCCACACGAGCGGUGUAACGUGUUUGCAGUUUGAUAGCUGCAAGCUUAUUAGUGGUUCCAUGGACAAGACCAUUAAAAUCUGGAACUAUCGGACUGGGGCUUGUUUGUCUACAUUUACUGGCCACCGGGAUAGUGUGCUGUGUCUGGCAUUUGACUCGACGAUUCUCGUGUCAGGUAGCGCAGACUGUACCGUAAAAGUCUGGCACUUUGUUGGCUGCAAACGAAUCACUUUGCGUGGUCACACUGGCCCAGUGAACUCGGUUAAAAUAUCUCGGCAACGCAAUAUUGUCUAUUCAUGCUCUGACGAUAAUACUAUUCGCUUGUGGUCCCUCACAACCAACACUUGUUUGGCAGUUUUUAACGCCCACAUCGGUCCGGUGCAGAGUUUAGCUACCACAGACUCGUAUCUUUUCUCUUCUUCGCUCGACGGAACUAUCAAGAAAUGGGAUGUCAAUCGCGAAAAGUGUGUUGAGACAAUGUUCGGCCACAUCGAGGGCGUUUGGGACAUAGCUGCCGACCGUCUCCGACUCAUUUCUGGAGCACACGAUGGGUGUGUUAAGGUUUGGGAAGCUAGCCAAUGUGUUUACACACUAAAAGACCACAAUGCACCUGUGACGUCGGUGACACUUGGCGACUGCGAGGUGAUUGCCGGCUACGAUGAUGGUCAAAUUUCCGUUUGGUUAUUCGGUGCAGUUCCGCCGUCCGUGUCUAGCUCAGUUAUCCGUGUUGAGGACGGUCACUAAGCGUCAGCUGUUCAGGCAUUCAAAGCGCUGUUGUACACCUCCGUGUGUAUGUGCAAGCAUGGUCGCACUGUAUAUUUUUUAUUUAUUCUAUCAUCUUUUUCCUCCCCUACCUUCUCUCCCUUUAUUCUCCGAAGUAUUGCAGUUUGGUAAUCAACAUCCAAAAACGUCUACCGUCGACAGAAAUAAAAAACAAAUAAAUCACGCUAAUUGAAACGGAACAGAUUGCAGGAGUGUGGUACGAAGGGAAGCUGGUAGCACUGUUCGUUUGAAUAGCUGGUGCUGUUGGAAAAGCUCAUUAUUUUUGUUUAAAGGGUCAUUACAUAUUAUAACGGAACGUCAAUACCAUCCGUCCAUGGAAUCGUCCUCUGACGACGACUUUCGGUGGAUUGUAGUUGUACUACUAUUAUUUUUCUUGGUAUCAUUGGGAAGGUGUUCGAACGAAAUUGUUCGAGACCCCAGGGAUCGUUCAGUGACUUGUGUGAACUCACUCGCUCGCUGUGCAUCAAGGCUUUCAUCGCCCUUACUGAAUACGUGUUCGGUUUCCACGGAUCGACGUUUCAGUUUGUUCUUCUCCCGCUUUUUUUUCACUGCUCGAUACAGCAGGUAACCGGCAAAAACAACAACCACAGCUGCACUCAUCUUCUGUAAUUCUUUUGCUCCGCCAAUGCCGCGUUCAAUGUUAUUUAUUCUAAAACUAAAAGGUAAAUGAUUAGUAGCAAAUUGGUGC